AUAAUAUCGAUCUUCCUAUUCCAAAGAAAUAUCUUGUUAAAGCUGAUUGAGGAUCAUGGCCAGUAAUUAGAGUCUUUGUGAUAUCUGUGAUAAUGAUAAGAUUACUAAAUCCUCAGUAGUUUGGUGUUCCGAAUGUGAUGAAGGAUUAUGUGGAGAUUGUAAAGAACAUCACAAUUUUUCAAAGGGAACACAAAACCAUAAAACAGUUUCCAUUGGCGAAUACAAGUUACCGACCGAAGUCCUGCAAAUUUCCAAGGUUUGCACAAAACAUAAUGAGAAAUACGAGCUUUUCUGUAGAAAACACGAUUGUCCAUGCUGUAAGAAAUGUGUGAAGUCUCACAACGAUUGUAAAAGUUUAACCGACAUUAAUGAAAUCAUAAAAAACGUCAAAACUUCCAACGCCUUUUACGAAAUCGAACAAACCCUGCUGGAAGUUGUCGAGAAUAUUAAACGAAUAAGUACUAACCGGGAUGACAAUUUAGUAUACCUAGAAAACAAGAAAAGAGAAAUUGAGGCAGAAAUAAAACAAACCAGGACAAAGAUGAAUCGUUACCUUGAUAAACUUCAGUAUGAUUUGAUGAAAGAAUUAAUGGCAACAGAACAAGAAGAAAGUAACAAAAUUCGACAAUUGUUGACAACUCUGACAAAGAAGGAACAAGAGAUCAAAAAAUUUCAAACAAACUUUGCUCAUAUAAAACAGUAUGCAUCGGAGCUUCAAACUUUUUUGUCCAUGAAACAACUCGAAAAAGAUAUUGCAGUCGAAGAAGCAUUUAUUCAAUCUCUCACCAAAAGUGACACCACGAAUCAAGUCAAUAUUUCAUUCCGAAUUAACAAGUCUUUACAGGAAAUUACAGCCAGCGUGCAGAGGUUUGGAGAUAUCAAUGUCAGUUCUGAUCAAUGCUAUUUGUCCAUUCAGAAACGGAAGGACAAACAAGCCCAGAUUAUGGUAGUAGCUCUUCCAACCAGAAAUAUCGAUAACCUGACUCUGACAUUACAGAAACAUAUCAAUACAAUGAUGUCAAAUGUCAAAGGUUGUUGUAUGCUCCCUGAUGGUAGAAUGUUUUUUUCCUGUUAUUCCCAAAGCAAAAUAAGAGUAUUCAAAUCGGACGGAUCAGAAGAUUUUCAAAUAAAUAAUAUCGGUGAUACGUUUGAUGUGGUAUUUAUUGGUGAUGAUUCUAUUGCUGUUACAUCUGGCGAAUCAUGUAACAUUAAUAUACUAGUAAUCGACUUAAAUAAGCACAAACUGAAGAGAACAAUAAAAGUAAAGUCAGGCAAUGAUGGAAUGGCAUUCAAAGAUGGACAUUUGAUUUAUUGUUCCAGGAAGAAAGGACUUAAGAUGAUUAGUCUUAGUGAUGAAUCCAUUACCAAUAUUACCAAUAAAAAAAUUCCUUACCAGGCGCACGUUACAACAUUCGGUGAUAAACUGUUCUAUACAAACGAUAUCAAACACAGAGUAACCUGUUGUGAUUACCAUGGUAACAUACUGUGGACGUUCAGUGAUACAAGUGUUCUUCGUGAACCAUGCGGUAUCUCUGUAGACAGUAAGGGUAAUGUGUUUGUAGUUGGAUAUCGUUCUGGCAAUGUGAUUGUCAUUUCUCCUGAUGGACAACACCACCAACAACUUUUAUCUCGUGAAGAUGGACUUGAAUACCCACAGGGUCUGCACUAUGACACAUCUACCAAUACAUUAUUAGUGGCAAAUUACAAUUAUGUCGCGGUCGUGUAUAAUGUUAAAUGAUUACAUAUUUUAGUAUCAAACUUACAUAACAAAAAAUUGCAUUGUUAUAGACAACUGACUAGAUUUAAAAUGAAUAAUUUGUUUUGAUCUGAUCCCGUUCUUUGAAGGGAAAUUUAUUUGCUAUUAUUCAUAUAAAUCUUCUUCUGUGAUGAAAAUUAUAAUAUUCUAGAUAUAAUCACUGGAACUGUGAUGAAAUCAUUAAAAAAAUAAGAUUUUUCUCCAUGGAAACAUGUGUGUUGCUGUAUUAAUCAGACCUUUGGUUUUCUCUUUUUUU